AUGGUGCUGGGCGGUGGCAUCAAGAUGGAGAGUUUCUUCGGUCACAUCUUCACUGGGUUCACGGUGACCCUGGCAGCCACGGCCAUGACGUGGACCCUUCUGACCAAGUGGCAUAGGAGUCGCUUUGAUCCGAAUUCCCCUCCGUUCCUAUGCACAAUUCGGUGCUUCCCAUGGAGACGGCCCUGGGAAGCUUACCUCGUCGCCAUGGCCGCCCUGCUUAUCGUCCUCCAAAGCACGGUGAAGGGAAUGGGCGAACACUGGUGGUUCUUCAAAAUGGAAAACGCAGAGCACACAUGCAUCUUAGCCGGCUUCAUCAUCGUCGCCCUGACCGUGAUCUGCACGGAGCACAAGUUCCAUCUCCCGCCCCAUUCUGACCAUGCCGCCCUCAUCCUCGCCCUCGUCGCACGAUGGCUAUUCCUCGCCGAUCACUGGCACGAUGCUCCUCCUGGAGUGAUGCUGAUGCAUCGUCUGCAGAAGAAUGUGGUGGCAGCGGGAAUCCUCGCCCUGGUCAUCGAGAUCUUCACUAAAUCCCAGGUGUCGUCAGGCCUGUUUCGUUCCUACUGCCUCUUCCUUCAGGGGACCUGGUUGUGUCAGCUUGGAUAUGCAAUUUAUUCGCCAUGGGAGAACGACUGGGACCUGGCAAGCGAUCAGCAUCUCCCUGUCAUCACCGUCGUCUUCAUCGCACACCUCUUCUUUGGGUUUCUAAUCACUAUGGGUCUCAACUGCCUCGUCAUCAAGUUGCAAGAGGUCGAGUACAGAAGGAAGUCUUACAUCCUUGACGCCCUUAAGGUCCAGAGCGAGAAGGUUCCAUUGAUCAAUGGGGAAAACCAGGUGAUCAAGAAGGACUUUAUGAGUCUGGCAGUCGUCCUGGGAUUGUGCUUUUUCCUCAUAGCCUACCGAGCCUUAGUUGCUCUUAAAGUCCUCCAAUGA